AAGCCCAAAUGAUGAUACCAAGCCUCUUGUCCCGGAAGUAAUACCCGUACUUCAGAAAAGGCGGUGGUGCCAAGACCACGCCGCUUCCAGCUUUCACCACUCACUACUCGCCAAACUUCGUGCGCACCCAACCUGGACCAACCCAGCGCGACCUUCAACCGCGAGAAAAAAGAACAGCAGGCCAUAGGGGACGGGCCAGCGUUACAGAACCGUACCACACGCUGUGAGCAGGGAUUCUUUUCAUUUGCAGACAGCAGACAGGGGGGCUUUUUUUCUUACAGUGGCUGUCGAUCCUGCUUGCCAUCAUGGCUGAACCCUCAGCCUCCACGUCGCAGCCUCCAGCGACACCACAGCCUGCACCCCCAUCACAGACACAAUCACAGGAGACUGCUCCGUCGUCAACAACAGCAGAUACUGCAAACUCGACACAAGAUCCAGUGCCAAAGCAGGAACCUGGCACUGCCGGGGGUGAAGAUAUCGACGCCUCCAUCGAGCAGGAUAUUGACAUGGCUGGAACCGACACCAAUACUAAUAACGCUGGUGAGAAUGGAAGCGCAAGUGCAGACCCAACUGCAGCAGCGGCCGCUGGCGGUCUUCCUGUAGAAUCGGUUGCACCGGCGCCACCGCCAACGAAGAAGGAAACCAGCCUGCGCGAGUUCCUCGGGAAGAUGGACGAGUACGCGCCUAUUAUUCCUGAUGCUGUCACCGCGCAUUAUCUGACUCUUGCUGGCCUUCCUCCGCCAGGUCAUGGUCCGAAUCAGACCCCUCCGCAUCUAGCGCGUCUACUUGCCUUGGCUACGCAGAAGUUUAUCUCUGAUAUCGCUGCGGAUGCGUACCAGUACUCGCGAAUCCGUUCUUCUAAUAGUUCCAGCGCAAACAACCCUAUGGGUGGUCUUAACGUUGCUGCAGGCCUGGUGCCUAACGCAGCAGGUCCCGGAGGCGCAGCAGGUGCAGCUGCUGGAGAUGCAGCCAAGGGGAAGAGUGGACAAUCCAACACCCAUCUCGGUAUCCAGAGACCCGGAUUUGGUGGUGGUGGUCAGGGUGGUUCCGGACAAGGACGGACGGUGCUCACCAUGGAAGACCUUGGUAUGGCCGUCGCCGAAUACGGAGUCACCAUCAAGAGAGGGGAGUUUUACCGAUGAGCGCGUGUCUCUCGACCUUUCAGUCAUCAGACUGGGAUCAUCACGCACAUCCCAUAUUUUGCCUGGGCUUAAUUCAUCUCCGGGUCCGGAGACAUGAUUGCAUUGACUCGACAGCCAAAUGGCGUCGUUGCCUUUCCUGAAGGGGGCUUGGAGUUCGGAACUGAUUUCGGUGGCGU